AUGACGACCUCCUCCAAGCAACGGUUUGAGGAAGACGCAGACGACCCGGAAGCUCCACACUGCAGACACCAUCCCGUUUCAAUAAAGCCUCGAGCUUCCGAAAAAUGGCCUGUAAAGAUAAUACAUAAUCUCGCAAACGUAGCUGCCGAAGACGCUAGCUACCCGGAAGUCCCAUACCUCAAACACCGUCAGGACUCCAUGCCUCCUCAACCCUCCAAAAAUCAAGCUGCGAGGUCAAUACAGAAUCUCCCGGACGAAUUACUCUUGAAGAUAAUUUCCUCAAUACCUGAUGGUGGACAACCUCUGGCGCUCUACCGCCAGCUGUCUCUUGUAUCCCGUUCCUUCUAUCGAGUCACGGCGACCCCGUUGUGGCGUAAGUAUGAACAUCGAUGGGGAAAAUACUUGACUCCAUACAUAUGCACCCUUAUGGAACGUCCGGAUCUCGCGGACCUAGUCAAAGAGGUGAAAAGCGAGAACGAUUGGGGGAUAUUGGAACGAAGUCCACAAGGUCGCAACCAACAAGAGCGGGAAGCUAUCUUUCAGAACCUCAAGGAGCUCGGCAUCCCAAAAGCAUCCAUGUGGGCUAAGCAGUUUGAAAAUGGUGAAGACGUAUUGGAUGACUUAGAGCUAGCAUUACUCCUCUGUCAAACCCGGAAUUUAGAAACACUUAGAGUUACCAUUGGCAGUCGUAUUCCAAGCAAUCAAGGACGUGGAACCCUUAGUUUCAAAUCAUACCCCUCAUACCUGGAGCCUUUGAUGUAUGCCGCUUGUGGAAUCCCUUAUGGUCGAGUCCACCAAUUCAAUUCCCUGCAACGGCUCAGACUAAACAUGAAAACCACGGUUAUGGGACGCGUAUCCUGCCUGUUCAGACUUCCCUCUCUCUUGGAGCUUGAUAUUGAGGAUUUACACAUAUGGAACCUAGCUUUUAUCCACCAACCCGACUGCAACGUCAUAUUGGAGAAAUGGAAUUGCCCUCCAUCGUUCUCAUCUAUUGUCAGUCUCAGAUUCUGGAAUUGCACAAUCCCCAAGGAAACGGUGGACCGGGCCAUACGCUCUUGCAAGGCAUUAAAGAUAUUUUCGUUCUACGGAUCUGCUGGCAACGGGUGGUACGCGUCCCUUACCAACUCUCUCGGCGCUCAUAUCACAUCGCUACAAUUCGUUCGAAUCCAGCCCGAUAUAAUGGGAUCUCAUGCAGACCAAUUCGGUCCUUUCAAGGAUUUCAAACAACUGAGGUAUUUAUCUGCUUCCAUGUAUCUCCUACUUGGCCUGCCUGCAUUUGAGAAACGAAAUGACGACACCAAGCUCCCCGACUUCAAUGACCUCCUCCCUACGAGCCUCGAAACUCUAGCCUUGGAUAUGCCCUUGAGACUUGAAAGGAAAAUCGCAAAGUGGACCGUAUUGUAUAAAGCGCUGCUCCCCAUUGGUACAAGCAAACCUGAACCUCUCCACAUCAAACAUAUCUUCGUGCGUUCGAGAGGAGUGAAGCUUUCCGCUUUUGCGAAAUUCAAACAGGCGUUUGCGGAGCGGGGUGUCAAUUUUGAUCACAAGGUUGUAGAAUGUCGGGACGAUGAUCUUUAUACGUUAGUCGAUGGGAUGGAUAGUGACGAUGACGAUGACGAUGAUGAUGACGAUAGCGACGACGAUGGCGAUGGCGAUGACGGUGACGAUGAAUCUGAGCCUGACCAUGACUAUCAACCUGAUUUCGACGAGUCGAAUAGCACCAAAGAGUCGGACAUAGAAGAGCCGGCUAACGAAGAGUUGGACAACGAAGAGUCGAACAACGAUGAACAUCACGAAGACGGACACCAAGAUGACGAGCCGCACUAUAGUCGGCAAUAUUCAUAUCGUCAGGUUUCCAGUGCAUACGAACUCGACCAUGUUCCUGGGCCUCUCAGAUACUGGUCCGACGGUGUUCGAUUUGAGGUUCGGCUUGCGUCAUGUGGCGGUCUAGGGACAGUCUCGAUUGAUGCCCAAAUUCUUGGGGCAUUUUUCAUGCCCUCUCUUGACUAUAUAACGCUCUGUAAGAAUUUCUCCAAAUGUGCAUGCGCACGCGCCGCGGAAUACUCAUGUUCCCGUAUUGAACCACCUAUAUGUACAUUAUCAUUACCUCACUUCGACACACCAACAAUAGACAUGGCUACGAAUCGCCCUCCAUGGAACUACACUCUAAGGACAUUACCACAGACUAUAUUUACCAAAGAAUCAGUGUUCGAUAUGGGUGGGUUAUUUUUGGAGGCCAUCUACGCACCCAGGGGUAAAUGGGAGGAGAAGGCAAGAAAUGCUCGUAGUGGCGGAGGAAAUUUAUUAGCCUUUCGCAUUUGUGGACCAUAUUGUGAAAUGCGAUUGUUUAUAAUCACGCCAGGACCGAGCGUUCUUAGCACAAUAGUCUCGCUUCGUAGAAUGAAACUUACAACGGAAUAUGACAAGAAUCAGAUCAAAAUAUGCGACGAACGUCGGCACUAUCUAAACUUUCUUUGUAACUCCAGUAAAGAAGUCACUAUGCUGCACCGUCUAACAACAUGUGGUAAUGCGCUGAACAAAUCCACACUAAAUUUAAGACAAAUCUUGGCAUGGCUUAAGCCUUCGGUAUAA